AUGCCCGAGGUUGAAGACAACAGUUGUGAUGCUGUGGUCUGUACUCUGGUGUUGUGCACUGUGAGGGAUGUCAAGGCUGUUUUAAGUGAAGUCCUAAGAAUAUUGAAACCAAAUGGAAUCUUCUAUUUUGUGGAACAUGUGGCAUCAAAGAAGGGUAGGUUCAAGAGGAGGAUCCAGAACUUGAUCAACCCAAUUUGGAAGAAGAUGGUGGAUGGUUGCAACAUUAACAGGGAGUCUUGGAAUGACAUCCAUCAAGCUGGUUUCUCAAAAGUUGACCUGACACAUUUUGAUAUUCACAUGUUCAAGACUAGCACUCCAGGUAUCUAUGGAAAGGCUGUCAAGUAG